AUGCUCGAGCGGGUGGCUAUCGCCGGAAGGAUCAAGAGAGCCUGGCUUAUCGCGGCCUGCAAUUGGGCAAGUACGGAGGAGCGGGGAAUGGUGCAAUCAAUGGCUGUCACGAGGUGGCUGUCUGACAUGGUUUAAUAUUACCGACCCAGCACAAUCAUGGCGCGCGCUCUAUCUUCUGAGCCAUUAGCCAAAAAAUCUGGCAGUUUUGCAAAAUGGUGUCGCCGGUCCACGAUGACGACACGGACUAUUCCGACCUCGACGAAGAAGCACCACCAGCUGCACCAUCCUCUUCGCAACCCCCGUCGAGACCAAAGAAUCGUGAACGAUUGAGCGAACGAGCGCCACUCUUGAACACUUCACCCCCUCCACCAGCCUAUGCCGAUGUUACAAGGCUGUACGGGGCACCACCCUAUGUCGCUAGGAAUGAAAUAGACACCGCUCAGCCAAAUCAACAUCCUCAGCAUAAUCCGAACGAAGCGUCACACACUCCAGUAGGACAAGCACAGAGCAUACGCGACUUGGGACAAGAUCCGGGAGAUCAGAAAAAGGUAACAAGGGAGCGCAAUGUUCUCAGCAACCGGAAGAUGCUCUUGUGUUUGGUCGCCGUCAUAAUUACCCUCAUCGGCAUAACAAGUAUAAUGACUGUCAAGCACGAUAAGAGCGAUGAUCAGCCGAGUAAUGGUGGCGACCACAGCCCUUUGCCCGCCGACGGCUUUCCUCAUCAAUCGAAGUGCGCCUACGAGUCCAUCAGCGACCGCCAGACCUUCACAUUCGCAUCACCACGGGUUUUCAGUUUUGUCGAGGUCACAGAAGGAGCAGGCAUGCCAACAAGUGACAUUAGCGGUCAAGUGCGCCUCAUGCUAGGGCCUGAAGACCAAGAAGACCCGAUCUCAACAGAGAUGAGGGUAGCCAAAUCGUCAGGAGCUCAAGACUUGCAUUUCAACAUCCAUUACACAGCAGAAACUCUGCGUGUGAAUACGCCUGCGUCCACGUCACCAACUCGGAAGGCCUGCAUAGAGAUCGACAUGAGCAUCUGGAUUCGACCGGGGGCUCAAUUCGAACAUCUAGAAAUUGCAACUGAGCACCUCGAUAUCAAAAUUGAACCUGGCAUGUUUCCCCUUCCUGAGGAUUCAUUGGCAUCUGGAAAAGACAAUGCACGGUACAUCAGUAAUCAGACCGAUUUCAUUGCAAUGUCAGGUGAUCUUUCCGCUGCAUAUUGGGAGAGCGGUCGAGAGACUCGCAUAGACGUUGUCUCGGGAGACAUCAGCGGUCGAUUCGCUUUGAGAGAUCUGUUGUCUGUCAAGACAAAGUCAGGCAGUAUCAACGUCGAUAUUGAGCCGAAACCAGAGAGUCAAACAGAUCCUCGACCUGCGAAUUUCAUCGCAGAAUCUGUGUCUGGAAGCAUCAAGGCCUUUUUCCCAACGUCGAACGCAACUGGAGACAUCCCACCACGAGAUUUUCACACCAAGGUCGAGAGCAAGAGCGGAAGCGUCCAUGGAGACUAUAUUCAUGGUCUCAAUACCGACAUAGUGACUGCCAGUGGCUCGAUUGAUGUCAACGUCUUGCCGUAUAUUUCAAAAAGCACCGGAAGCUGGCUCAGGACCGAGACACAAAUGGGAGGAAUUUGCGUAAACGUCAUGCCGCCUUAUGAAGACGCAAAGGGCACCAUUGGGCAUCUCAGAAGUGUUCACAAGGCCAAGUCUGGGAGUUUAGAUAUCAAUUACCCCCAGCAGUGGGAAGGGAAGAUCGAGGCCGAGACCAUGUCAGGAACCGUCAGGUUGCACGGGAAGGAUGUCAAGAUUUUGAAAACAUGGAAUGGACCUGUGGGAGAGCAUGUUAUGGCCCAGAAAGGACAGGCCAGUAGCGCUAUGGAUCUUGGCACGGUCUCAGGCAGUGUCGAUGCAACCAUCGGUGACUUGUAAUAUGGCGAGAACAACGAACGGGUUUUGUUAUAUUGCGGAGGACUAUUUUAUGUUUAUGACAGCACCUCGUCUUACUGCUGUCACGGAGUUGGUGGAGUCUUCUGCUUUGAAGCGACCUAUUUGUUUACCGUUCUUAGCUUCAGGUGCUGCCAACGGACUAGAUAGUGUCGAGUGAAAACAGCGUCGGGCU